AUGCGCAAGAAUGCUAAAACAUCAUUUGCAAGUUCUGUGUAUGAAAAGAUCAAGAAGAUGGCUAAGAAGGCAAACUUCAAGAUUGAAUUAAUUACAUUUGCCGCGAACAUUGAAAUUUUACAAAGUCAGUCUCUUGAUUUGGUUACUAUAACAAUUGUAAUCAACGUUGUGAUUGAAAUUAUUUUAAAUGUUUAUAUAAAGGCAUGUCAAAAUUUUCGUUCUUCAGGUCACUGUCGUAAUUUGCGAUUCACCAAUGAUCCAAUCCAUGGUCACCGACUGAAUAAUCACAUGAUACGAACCAUUGACCUCAUCAAUGAGGAUAUAUGCCAACUGAAAUGCUACCUGGAGCCAAACUGUGUCAGUUAUAAUUUUAAAAAGAUAGCAGACACAGAUGGAAAACACAAAUGUGACCUGAAUAACGCUACUUAUGAACACCACAACAAACACUCAGGAGAUCUCGUGAAUAAGGAAGGUUAUGUGUAUCGCGGAGCUGAGAAUGCUUGUGCAAAGAAACCUUGCCAGAACAACGCAACCUGCCAGGCCGGUUUUACAGACAGAGAUUACCAAUGUUUGUGUAUUCCCGGAUUUACUGGUCAUGAUUGUCAAAAGGAUGUAAACGAGUGUACUAAAGGAACACACAGCUGUAAUGUUGAUGCUGUGUGUCACAACACCCGGGGAUCCUACCACUGCACAUGCAAAGAAGGAUUUUAUGGAGAUGGAAAAACAUGCACAGAUAUUGACGAGUGUACCAACAGAACACACAACUGUGAUGUUAAUGCUGUUUGUAACAACACCCGUGGAUCCUAUAACUGCACAUGCAAAGAUGGAUUUAGUGGAGAUGGAAUAAACUGCACUGCGUGCCAGGAACCUCUCGGAAUGGAAAGUCGCUUUAUUUCUGACGCUCAAAUUUCUGCCUCCUGGUGGUCGACUGGCCAUCACGCUGCGGUGCAGGCACGACUGCACUACAAGGCCAGCGGAGUCAAGCAAGGGGGCUGGUCAGCUGGUAUUAGCAAUCGCAGUCAGUGGUUGCAAGUCGAUCUGGGAGCUGAAAUCUCAGUUAAGGGUAUAGCGACACAAGGCUGGAAUAAUCAUAACCAGUGGGUAACCGCUUACAAGUUAAAAUACAGCAAUGAUGGAGCCUCCUUCUUGUAUUACAAAGACUCAGGAAGCAGCGCAGAUAAGAUAUUUACGGCAAAUACUGACAGAAAUACGGUUGUAUAUCACCCUCUAAGUCUGCCAAUCAAAAUACGUUACAUUCGACUUGUUCCAUGGACAUGGCACCGUCAUAUUUCUAUGAGGAUGGAACUCUAUGGUUGUCCCGAUGUUUCCCUUGUCAUCGUCUCGGGAAACAACGAGAUUCUUGGAGAUACAAAACUAAGUGUUUGA